AUGGCUGAAACAUCGUCGCAACCACUCUUCCUUGGCCUGGACCUCUCCACUCAACAACUCAAGGCAGUCGUUAUCACCCAGGAUCUCGAUAUCGUACACGAGUCUGCGGUAAAUUUCGCCAGGGAUCUGCCACAAUACGGCACAGAGAACGGAGCUAUCAAAGGCCCAGAUGAGGGUGAAGUCACAUCUCCGGUUGAGAUGUGGGUAGACGCGAUGGAUCUGCUUUUGGCGCGGAUGAAAGAGGCGAGCGUGGACUUCGCUGCUAUCGUUGCUGUCUCCGGUGCUGGCCAGCAACACGGCUCAGUGUUCUGGUCAAAAGACGCGGAGUCUCGUCUAUCAUCUCUGGAUCCUUCACGAACGUUGCUCGAACAGCUAUCACCGACGGCGUUUUCACUGAUGAACUCGCCGAUAUGGCAGGACUCUUCUACCACGAAGCAAUGCUUGGAGCUGGAAGAAAGUAUUGGCGGCCCACAGGCCCUUGCCGACCUCACCGGCAGCAGAGCCUACGAACGCUUUACGGGGACCCAAAUCGCCAAGAUACACCAAACCAAGCCAGAGGUUUAUGCGGCCACGAGCCGUAUAUCUUUGGUUUCAUCGUUCAUCCCGUCCUUAUUCUUGGGUUCUGUCGCUCCAAUAGAAGUAUCUGAUGCGAGUGGGAUGAACCUGAUGAAUGUCUUAACAUGCAAAUGGGACGAUAGACUAUUGGAAGCCUGUGGAGGGUCUGCCCUACGGUCCAAAAUAGGACCUGAACCCGUGUCUGGAGGAUCAAACUUGGGUAAGGUGCACAAGUGGUGGGUCGAGAGAUGGGGGUUUCAGCCAGAUUGCAUUGUCGCUCCAUUCACUGGAGACAAUCCCGCCACUGUUGUCUCUCUCUCGGCCCCGGGAGAUGCGUUACUCUCGCUUGGGACAUCUACGACGUUCUUGCUCUCCAUCCCGCCCGCAGACACGCCUCCUAAGCGGUUUACCACUUCACACUUACUAUCUCACCCGACCAACCUGGACGCGCAGAUUGCGAUGCUGUGUUAUAAGAACGGUGCUCUGGCUAGAGAACAAAUACGUGAUCGCUACGCUGACAACGAUUGGGGGAAAUUUAACACUCUUCUGGAGCAAGCACCCGUUGGAAAUAACGGUUUGCUGGGCUUCUACUUUCCGCUCCCGGAAAUCAUACCCCCUGGCGUGGUAGGGGAAUUUUUCUACAACGUCGAUGGGGCAACCCCCGCACUGGUCGAGAGUCUGCCCGACAAUGCGCAUCCCCGUGCCAUACUUGAAUCACAGUUUCUCUCAAUACUCUCAAGAGUGGAGGCCAUCUUGCCGGAGCAUGCGCCUCACCUCAAACGUCUCGUUCUGACUGGGGGAUCCUCCGCUAAUCAGACCAUUCGGCAACUCGCCGCGGACCUCUUCGGCAUGAAAGCGUACGUAUCCGCGACAAAGGAGGCAGCUGGGCUAGGGGGUGCGAUGUUGGCAAAGUACGCGUGGUGGAAGCAGAUCAACGGUGGCAAGGGGACGUUCGAAGCAAUGACGGGCGGGGAGAUGCCUGGAAUGACUUGUGUUGCUGAGCCUAGGGACGAGGUUACACAGAUCUACGAAGGGUUGGUGUCGGUGUAUAGGCUCUGUGAAGAGGACGUAGUGAGCCGAUCCCAGAAGAAGUAG